CACGCACACAGACGACUCCACACAGAGAGACAGAAGAAAGGGAUGGCGACGACCCGCGUGAGCCUGCUCCUCCUGCUAGCAGUUGCGCUCGCCGGCUCUGUUGCCGGGGCAUCGGCCUUCACCUGCACGUCGGGUCCUUGCUACAACGGCACGGCCGCUUUCUACGGCGACGCCGACGGCGCGGGGAAUGAAGCUGGAGUAUGCGGUUACGGGCCAGCGGUGGCCAAGCCGCCGUUCAACGCCAUGGUUUUUGCAGCAAGAGAUUACUCGCGGACCGCCGUGGGAUGCGGCAGAUGCUUCAACAUAACCUGUCGACACCCCGUGUGCAAUCCUGAUGGAGUCACGGUAACGUUCGCCGACUACUGCAGCGGCGGACCGUGCGUCGACAACGACGUCAUUGAGAUGAGCGGCCACGCGUUUUCCGCGAUGGCCCUGCCGGGCCGAGAAUCCGAGCUGCGCGCGUCACCCACUGUUCCUGUAACUUACCAACUAGUUGACUGCCGCUACUCAUCCAGCAUGGCCUACCUCGUCGACCCGACCGCGACAUCGGAGCGCUUCACUGUCGUACUCCUGUAUGUGCCAGGGGAUGCCUACCCCGGCCUGCUGACUGUUCACUUCAAAGAUGAGUCGAGCGAGGACUGGGUGGAUGCUGAUCCAUGUCAUCCCCGUCGGCUGGCACGGGGGGAAGACCUACUACGCGGCCUGAGCAGAGCUCACCUUAGACGGGUAAUAGAAACGUUCAGUGCGGUCCGAGUGAUGUACUCCCUCCAUUUCAAAAUAUAGUGCGCUCACGCUUUCCGAGGUCCAACUUUGACCAUAAAUUUAACCAACGAGACCAACUGCGGCGGGAGAAAAAAUUAUGUAAUUGAAUACUUCU